GUUGGUUACUAGCUGAUUGCGGAGUGGGUUAUGCACAGUAGAUUGCCGGGGCCAAAGUGUGCCUUUGGGGGUGAGUUGCUUUCCACCGUUUUCAUCCUUCGCACGGGUUUCGCAGGUUUCUCUUCUCAUUAACGUCUCCAGGAGCGGGACAUUACAGACUAAUAGUUGCAACAGUACACAUAGCAGGACACACCCCAUAUCUCACCGCACCACUCCCGACCAGCCCCUCACCAAAAAAAAAAAAUGAAACCCCUAUCCCGCACCCGCCCAACCCGCGGCGGCUCCACACCCUCCACCAAACGCAGCCUACCUGGCAAACCCAGCAAAGCGAUCCAAAAGACCCGGGAAGCAACAAAGCCCGGGCGAGGGGGAAAGAGGGGUCAACAACAGACACGCAGCGCGAGAGUCGUGAAGGAAGCAGCAGCGGAGGUGGAGGUGGGGGAUAACAGUGGGGCGGAGGAGGAGGAGGAGGAGGGUGUGAGCGUGGGGGACGAAGAGAGUGAGGACAAAGUAAAGGCAGCAGGGCGGGUGAAGAAAGUGUACCCGCCGAGCGGGAAGAAAGGGAAGAAGUUUCCUGACCAUACGCAGCUCCUCUCCCUAAUCUCCACCCUAAACGCCACCGAAGAAUCCCGCAUCUCCACAAAACUCCUCCGCACGCACAAACACGCCGCGCAGGACGUCGAACGCGUCGCCAAGAAGCGCGAGCGGCAGAACACCAAACGGAAGGAACUGGAGGAUGUCAAGAAGGCUUUGAGGGAGGAGGCCGCGCAGAAGAAGAAGAGGAGGAAGAAAAAGGUGGAGGAGGAGGUGGUGGAGACGGGGAGGAAGAGGGUUUCUUUUGCUUUAUAAUGGGGAUGGAACCGAUCUCCGUGCCGCAUUCCAUUGCAGCAUGCAUACCACAUCACCCGAUUCGGAAAGAUGUACAUACACGCUAUUUAUUCACUUCAUUCACAAUCACACAAGUGCUUCAUAUUCAUCUCCUCAACCAACCCGUUCAAUGUCCCGCAUGUACGCACAAAGGAGGAUAUGUAUUCCCGAUAUACACGGGCUGGAAAAGUCUAACAUGUAC